AUGGCCGCCACCGCGCAGUACCUGCCGCGCUCCGCCGCGCUCAUGCACCCCGACAGCGACCGGCUGCACCAGGGCACCACGUACCGCGAGGUGCAGAAGAUGAUGCACCACGAGUAUCUGCAGGGGCUGGCCCCCGCCACCGGGCACGCCGUCGGGCUGGCGCACCACCAGUGGCUGCCCAGCGCCGGCACGGACUGGGGCAGCGGCGGGGGUGGCGGGGGCGCGCACCUCCCGCCCGCCGAGCACGGCAAGGGCGGCCCGCCGGGACCCCGCGAGGAGCUGGCGGCCGCCGCCGCCUUCCACCACCGGCAGCACCUGGUGCACCAGACAGCGGCGGGCGGCGCGGCGGGCGGGUGGGCUCAGGGCGCCGCGCACCACCUGCCGCCAAUGUCCCCGCCGUCGGGACAGCCGUUGCUCUACGCACAGCCCUACGCGGGCCUCAACGGGAUGCUGGGCCCGCCGGCACCCGCGCUGCACCACGGGCUGCGCGACCCGCUGGGCGCCGAGGAGGCGGGUGCCCACGAGCUGGCGGCGUCGCCGCCGCCGCUGGGACCACCCGAGCCGUCGGACGAGGACGCGCCUAGUUCCGACGACCUGGAGCAGUUCGCGAAGCAGUUCAAGCAGCGGCGGAUCAAACUGGGCUUCACGCAGGCCGACGUGGGGCUGGCGCUGGGCACCCUCUACGGGAACGUCUUCUCGCAGACGACCAUCUGCCGGUUCGAGGCGCUGCAGCUGAGCUUCAAGAACAUGUGCAAGCUGAAGCCGCUGCUCAACAAGUGGCUGGAGGAGACGGACUCCAGCACGGGCAGCCCCACCAACCUGGACAAGAUCGCGGCGCAGGGCCGGAAGCGCAAGAAGCGCACCUCCAUCGAGGUGGGCGUCAAGGGCGCUCUGGAGAACCACUUCCUCAAGUGCCCCAAGCCUUCGGCGCACGAGAUCACCUCCCUGGCGGACUCCCUGCAGCUGGAGAAGGAGGUGGUGCGGGUCUGGUUCUGCAACAGGCGGCAGAAGGAGAAGCGCAUGACGCCGGCCGGGGUCCCGCACCCGCCCAUGGAGGACGUUUACGCACAGGCGGACACGUCGCCGCUGCACCACGCGCUGCCCGGCGCCGUGCAGUGA